AUGGCUGAUGGAGGAUUUUCGGUUGAGGGAAUAGAAAGUGGACACUUUGUUACUAAGUGGUUCGAUCUGUUCACACCAUUCAGCGUGGGAUUGAUUUACUUGCUAUACAGAUGCUUCGAAAAAAUAUCAAUUUUCAAACCGAAUACUUCAAGACCUGGCAACUCUGCAAGGUACGUGAUUUGCGAGAAGAAGAAGAGUGAAAUUGAGGCUGUGAUCAACUAUCUUUCAUAUGCUACGGAAGUUCUUCUGAGGGGUGACGGAAACGGCGAUAUCAGGGAAUUGGUACCUGUGGAGUUGCUCCAAGAUGCCGAUAGCUUCGACAACUACAUUUGUAGUUCCAACAACGAUUUCGGAAGGAAAGAAGUGAUGGGACUCUUGAAGAUCGCUGCCUUUGCCGAGAAUCGGCACCUCUCUGAGCCGAAGCAGACGCAGAUGAGGAAGGAGUGUCUUGAAUAUUGGCAUCUACCGGACCGGACUAGAAUAGUCCCCAAGCACUUGAAACCAGAGGAAAGACUUCGUUCAAUCGUCGUAGAAUCUGUUGUAAAGUACCUGAGCGCUCCUCCCAUGAUUAUGACUUCUAAAAAUGUGACAACGACUAUCCUACAAAAUCCCUGUGAUUGGUAUGCAGUACUCUGUGGAUCGGAUACCAGUGGAACAACACCUAGCAACCAAUUGACUUUCUAUUUGGGUAUGGGAAAAACCAAAGUCUUCAGGUUGGUGAAGAAUAUCUGGGAGAGGGCCGACAAUAUUGAACUGCCUCCUAAUACAGUGGUUUAUGCUCAACUGGUGGAGGAGAUCAGAGGAUUGGAAAAUAAUAUCCGCAAAACUGAAUCAUCGCAUAUUGUCGAUGCUUAUCUCCUGGGAGGAGAGGAUGUCAGCAGAAAUUCACUUCCAGAAAGGUAUGCUCUCAUCAAUAAAUUCUGUGAGGCUCUGUGGAAGCCCAAGAACUCUGCAUAUUGUCCAGUUCGUGCCAAGGAAUUGCAUCCUCUGGAUCGUGAGUUACCCAUGAAACUUCAUGUACAACCCUGUACAUUGAUAAACAAGAAGAAAUUAUUAGUACAUUAUCUACAAGAUUCAUACCCGAGGAGGACACGCCCCGAUAAUGAUCCACUAUCCUUUGUACCAAAUAGUGUGGUAUUCUUGAAGACAACUAGUGCACCCUGGACACGAGUUAUCAGUAAGAAAACUAGCCAUCAUUAUUACUUCAAUUCUAUGACGAAUGAAAAUUUUUAUGCUAAUCGUCGACCAGAGUCAGCUUGUGCCAGCUUCCUCGAGACAUUUGUCACUCGGGUGCAGUGGCAUUGGCUGGGGGAUUCAUCUCUGUCAAUUAUUUAUAUAUACGAUAAUGUAAAACAGAAGUCCCCUGUUUUACUACCGCAAGAUUAG